AUGAUACAUGGCUUCACAUGUACCGGGCUUACACAGACCCAGUACGUCAAUCACAGCAAGGUCACGAAUAUUGGUUAUGUUGAGGAUAAGUACAUUUCCACUGGUAAGUGCACAAUGUGCAGAAUGUGUUCUCCUACAUUGUUCAUGCAACCCUUCAAUCUUGAUUUCCUAGUGCAAUUUGUAUGUAAUGGUUUUGAACCUUGGAACUAUGAAACUACCUAAUAGACAAUCAGGAACCCCUAUGACAAGAACUGAAGAUAAAUAGAAGUAAAAAAAUAAAAGGACAAGUGUACACUAUUAAUAAGUUAUAAAUAAAAGGGACUGUUCUUCUUGUACUACUCCUAUAAAUGCUUUGAAAAAUUUUCAUUUUACAUUUAUUUUACAUAAAGAAUUUCAUUUCUUUACUGGCAGUCUACUCCUCUCUUGGAUAUAAAAAUGCAGUUGGGGCCUGUUAUGAAGAAAAGUUGAGUGAAGAACGGCGGGAAGCUCAACAAGAUUGUAACUAUGCCACUGACAGGGACGUUAGUACUGUAUUUGUCUCUUGGUGAAAAUUGUCUUUGAUUCUAAGUAUCUAGGCUCUGGUGGUUAAAAAUGUUGUGACUAUGCAGGUCUAUUUUUAUGACUAUUUCUCUCAAUGAUUAUGUUUGAUCCAAAUUCAGGUCAUUAUAACAGAUGCAAGGCAUGACUCCAGUAGAGCAGCUUAA